UUCAAAUUAUGGGUGACUACAGUAGUUACUUUGGUAACUCAACAACAUAUUCGUCUCCCUAUGCUAACACCUAUUCUACUAUCACCGGUGCAGAAACUACCUACAAUACAUAUCCUGCCCCGGGGGCAAGUGUAUCAACCGCUUAUGCAGCCACAACUCCUGGAACUACGUACACUUCCUAUACUCUCAACCCCACCGCUACCACUCAGAGUACCGCCUCCACCACUUACAACUAUGUUGAUUGGGCUUCUGCAGCAACAGCUGCAGCUAUUUCAUCUGCUGCAACUGCUAACCGUGGUUCUCAUGAAGGCUCCAAAACAAAACUAACCAAGCAAAACUGGUACAACCGGACUAAAGCAAAUGCUGCUGCUGGAAAAGAACCUCCUCGAACAUAUUACUGUGAAAUCUGCAAAGUUAGCUGUAUGGGUGCUUUGACUUACAAAGAGCAUUGUAAUGGACAGAAGCACAAGAAGAAAGAAAAGGAGAAGGAAGGAGGUGAUAACAAGCCAGCACGUGGUUACCAUUCCUUCGGUAAACUUUACAGAUGUGAACUGUGUGACAUAAGCUGUACAGGCGAACAAGCUUUCUCUGCUCAUAUGACAGGCAGCAAGCAUAACAAGACUGUUCUGCUGUUUAGGAAACUUGGGAAAGUUAUUCCUAACCCAACUGUAACUAACAACAAAGGAGAAAAAGAAGAAGUUGAUCUUGAGAAGGUCAAAGAGGAACUUGCGAAAAAAGCCGAACGCAUCGCCAAAGAGGAAGCUGACAGAACUGAGAAAAGGAACAAGCGUAAUCAACAAGCAGAAGAGCGAGCUAAGAAGCGUCUGGAGGAGAUAGAAGCAAGGAGGAAGAUGAUGGACGAAAGACGUAGCAAGUGGGAGGAAGAGAGAUGGAAGCGAGAAGAGGAGUGGAGAAACAUGCAAGAGCAAAGAGAAGAGGAGUGGAAGCAGUGGCAGGAGACAGAGCAGAGUGAGAUAACACCCGGUCAAGUUCAACAAUCAGCUGGCUUCGCGUCUCGCGAGGGAGAUAACAACGACAACAAGUUGAUAAUGAAGCUGCAUGAUGAGAUAUACCCCGACCCUACUGAGCUGACUAACAUUAAAAACCUUGUGAAAGUGACUGAGGAUAAUCUGAAAACCAUCUCCGAUACAAUGAGAGAUGAAACUGAAGCUGAACUCAAAGACAAAGGACUGUUGAAAGAGCCAGUCGAGGGAGAGGAGGUAGUAGAGACUAGGGUGUUAAAAGGUUGUGUCAGAGUUGGAGACUUGGCUAACGGUCUCCUCCUAAAGGGAGACAAGACUCUCGAGAUGCUUGUCUUCUGUACUGACAAACCAACUGUUUACCUCCUUCAAAACGUCAAGGAGAAGUUCGAAGAGUUGUUGACGGGUUACGAGUUUAUAAAGCUGCACGGAAACGGGAAAGAUUACUAUUUGCGAUGCUAUCUCUGA